AUGGGAGAAACCCAGCAUGCUUAUGCCACCCGUGAUGUUGAGACUGGUGCCCAGGACAACGUUCUCAGCUUCGAGCCGUUCAGCAAGAAAGAUCCGGGUGAAGUUGAAAGCAGGCUGCCCGACAGCUCCAAGUCAGAAGGUCAGAGUGGGAGCCAUAAUGGGACUGACUUGGUCAGCAACAAGGAGAAGGAGCCUCACAGUCAACGGGAAGCUGUGAUCCGCCCCCAGAAAGCAGGCAAAAUAGACUUCAAGUCCCUCAGCAACCGCCCCAGAUUUCCUGGGGCCGGCCCGUGGGGUGCUGCCAAAGGGAACCCCCUGUCUCCCCCUGGAAGGAGCCGGGCAAGAGAUAGGAGCAGCAGGCGGGCAGGGAGGAGCGAGCGGGGCCAUCAGCAACUCUACCGGCUCACCAUCAGCAAUGCCAGGCCCAACCCCACCAUUGGUAUUGCUUAUCCCCAGCAGAAAAUCACACCACCCAAAAAGGUUGAAGCUGACCGAGGACCGGUCUUGGGGAGCUACAGGUUCCACGUGCCCAGCCUCCCCGAAAGAGAUCUGAAGCUCCCUGAAGAAGAGCUGAGCUUUGCCUGCUGUUUUUCAGAGGCUCCCACCAGCCACAUCUCCAGCAACUAUACCUCACAAGCCACCACUGCAUGUCCAAACCAUGGGCAGCUCCCUUACCUGGAGUUCCAAGCGAAUGGAAGUAACUUGUGGCCUUCACCAGAGAAAGGCUACCCUGGUGCUAAUAAUGGACUCCCGAAGCCGAGCCCGCAUUGCUUAGGACCUCUGUCCUUCCAGUACCCCUUCUCCCCCUUACCUAGCUCGGCCUCAGAUCCAUUCCAAGGUGAGGCUGACCCCCAAGACUAUGUUGACAACAUCUCGUUGGCCACCAGUCAGGCUUCUCAUGGUGCUUUUGCCUUCCAUUCUUCCUCCCGGGACUGGAAGGAGGAGGUUCUUGGCAACGGCUCCUAUGACAAUGUGGAGAGCAGGACGUACGGGCUGACUCCUCCCCCUGCUCCAUUCCACCUGCCACAGACGCCGGGACACUUGCCGUGCUACAAAGGAAGGAAUGGACCUUCCACUGACCACAACGGUGCUAUCUCUCCUUCUGGUGCUAUUGACCAAGUUCCAAGCACUUUCCAAGAAAACCAAGCUGUUUUCCCACCCAGUUUACAUGCCUCGAGUACGCCAAAGGCCGUGGGUAAGAGGCAUUCGUCUUUGUCGAAAGACGGCGUAGCUAGUCAAAGGAUACUGGAUGUAGGCAGCUCUCUACGAAGGAACGGGCUACCAGUUACUCUCCCGCAAGUGCACUUUCAAAACAAGGCUUUCAACGAAGCGUCCAGCUUGGUGCCUUUUGAGAAGAGCCUUUCCAGCAGCGUUCAGGCCCACCCCCGGCUCCUGCAGGCCUGGGAGGGAGGCAAAAAGACUUAUUCCCCCAUGGAGCCAAGCUCAGCGGGGUGUCCCAGUCCAGAGGGCAGCCAGAUCUCCUUUGGGUACCAUUCGGGUCUUGGCAAAAAGGCCUGGCAGCAUCUGCCUCUCACCUGUGGGGUGCCUGGCCAGAAUAGACUCGAGCUGUCCAGAAAGUUGGCCAGCCAGAAGCCUCUUUUCCCCCUCAGCACCUCAGAGUGGGAGGGAAGCAAGAAACUGCCCCAAAGCCCCACCAGCUAUCCCAGUAAAGCUCUGGUGGCCGAGGACCUGUCCCCUCAGAGCUGUAGCUCAGCCAGCAGCAUCUGUUUCGAAGGUUCAACAGAUGUGGAGAUGUCCAAGAGCACGACUUUCUUCCUCAGCGUAAGCCCAGCACGGCCUCCCAUCCCCUCUCACCACCCACCCAGUCCCAGUUUAGGAUUGCCACCAUCUACCUUAACUCCAUCCCCAAAGGGGUCUCCUCUCCCGUCCCCCACCCCCAACCUCAACAGCAGCUGUUCCUCUCCCUCCCUCACAUCCAGCAGCCCUCCAGGCCACAGCUUUGAAGAUGAAGCUGCCUUGGCUGCCUCCACCUUCUUCCACCACCAAGGCCACCACCCAAAGGAUGGCAGUAAACCCUUCCAGGCCUCAGAGCUGCUGGGGGCCAGCUCAGUCCCCUACCAGAUGGCCAGCCCCAUCAAGGCCUUUCACCAGGAACUCCUCUAUAAAGGUGUCUCCGUGGACAGCCAUUUCCCAAAAUCCAAUGUGGAGGCUUCCAAAAGGUUCCCAGAGGGUUUUGAGAGUGAACUGCCUCCACCACCUUACCCAUAUUCCUCCUCCCGUCACUUCCUGGCCAGCUCACUGAGCAGCACAAGUCUUGACCAGCUGGAUGUUUUCCUGACUUGCAAGCAGUGUGAUCAGAACUUCAGCAACCUUUCCUCUUUCUUGGAGCACCGUCAGUUCUGUGGCUCUCACGUGGUCCUCCAGGGUCAGGCCAAGGACUCUUCCCGAGGAGCAGAAGUCAAGAAGCAACAUCAUGCCUCUCCUGAGUCUGCAAAGCACACCCAGACUAGUCUGGGGGUGCUCCUUCCUCCAGAUCCUCAUUUGCAACUGCUUGCUUUGAACAAGACUAUGGACUUCCUGGUGGACAUAGAGGGUAAAGGUGAAUCCAGAGAUGAUCCUCUGAAACUGAACCAGCUCAAUGGCUUUCCCGGAAGCUUCUUGCCACUCAACACUUCUGACUUGGAGAUCGAUGAUGCUAAGCUAGACAGUUUGAUCACUGAAGCUCUGAAUGGACUGGGAUACCAGUCGGAUAACCCUGAGAUUGACAGCAGCUUCAUAGAUGUGUUUGCUGAUGAAGACCUGGUAUCUGUGAAGGCCACUAAUGCUGGUGGGACACCUUUCAAAGCAAAAGAGAACUUGACUUUAGGGAAGAAAGCCAAACAUGUAGGCAUGGAUGAAAGCGUGAAAAUGCUCAACUGCUGUGACAACCAUCCUAGUGGGGAGCUGGCCAAAAGUAGAACAUCAAAGCAACCUACAGAGAGAGGAACAAACUGGCUUUCAGACUUUGGAGAAGAAAGACAUGAAACAUUCAAGAGCAGAGAAUUGCCUCUAAAUAAAGCCCUGGAGCCAACAAUAUUUGGGGCAGCAGAAGAUGACACAAGUGCCCAACAGAAAGCAGGGAAGAAGAACAGCCGUGGUCCUUUGCUGCCUAUGAAGCAGGGGAGCCAAACUAUGUCAGAUUUGAGGCUGACCAAGAACCUUCCCUGUGCUUCUCCAAGAAGUGAACUCAAGCCUGAUGGAACUCACAGCUUGGCAGAAAGUACCACGCUGUCCAAGAAAGAUGUCAAGAAGAGGAAGCUGCGGAGUGGCAGUUGGAGCAAGGAGCUUAUCCAUAAAAUUGUCCAGCAAAAAAACAAAUUCCAUAAAUUGCACAGCCAGAAUAGCAAAGCGGUGUCACUUUCCUUGCUCACCAACCGGUUACUUCCAGAAACAAAGGACAAUAAAUUUUGUGAGUAUGAAUACAUGUCAGAAUCAGAUGAAGAGAGGGUGGAAUACGCCAAGCGACACUGCAGGAGAAAGCUGGGCUCCAGAUUCAGCGGACGGCUCAGAAGCAGUUUGAACAGAAGGAACCAAGGAAGAGGAGGAAGGGAGAAGGGGACGGAGCCAAUAUGGAGGUAUGGUCCCAGAAGAGGACAGGAGGAACCCAAAAGACUUGCAAACAAGGAGCUGGAAAGGACAGAUGGUCCUGUAGCAAGAGUGAGGAGGAGAAGCAGUCGGUCCUCCACAAGCAGUUGCCAGAGUCUGAGCAUGUCCAGUGAGACCAGCAACAGCCCCCAGAGCACUGAGAGGGGGGAUUCAGACACUGAAAAAGAAACUGAACAGAGGAAACAGUUCCUGCAAAUUUCCAGAUGUGUUGGACCACUUAAUGUUCCUGAGAAUGAAACCAUAAGAAGAAGCCACAGUAUAGGCUCCGACUUUCCUGGAACGCCAAGUACGGUUGACCCACCUCAAACUCAGCCAGUAGAUAACCAGAAAUUUCAGACAGACAAUCCAAGCAUUCCCCAGGACACUGCCCUGAAUCAAGAUGAAGGUGUGCUACAGAGCAGAGAAAAGCCACAUCACCCUGAGGCCACAGCUGGAAAAGGUCCCACCGUGGUUCUUUCUCCUGAAGGUUCUGACCAGUACCAUGGAGCCUUCUGUUGUGACAUUGAAAAGCCAAGGAUGAUGCCAAAAGAUGCAGAUGGGGCAGGAGGCCAUCACUGCCCCCGAUACGCUGCUAAUAAAGGAGGGAUCUUGAAAAACCCAGUGGAAGAACUCACUGGUUCUCCUUCUGUAGGCAAACACAGCAUUCCCAAUGAAAAGAGCACCAGCUAUGAACAAGUGGACCUCAAGGACCUGAAGAACCAGCAGGAACUCAUUAUGCCAAUCAGCUGCUUCAGUGACAAUCCUGGGAGCAGAGAGAUCCCUGGGAAAGGUGUCAACACAUUUCUGGAUGCUGCCAAUGCAUUUUAUGACUGCAAAGAAUUAUCCCACAGCUACGAGACACCAAGUCUGUUCUUGGGGCCUGCAGCCAUGGAACCUUCCCCUAACGAAAAUGCGUACUUGUGUCAGGGAGACUUUGAUGUGCCCUCGUUCAAAGAGAAGCAUGAUGGCAUCCUGGCCUGUGAAUCAGAUAAUGCCCAAAGUAAGGUCCCCUCACCGCUUAAUUUUGAUUCAUCGUCAGUAUUUUUAGAAUUCCCUAUAGCUGAGUUUGAUGCCAACUUAUAUGACAGUGUGGCUUCAAGCAAGAAUAAUUACAUCCCCUUUGAGUGUGCCAAUCAUCAGCUUAGCAAGAUAAUCCCCUUUGACCAGCAAUAUUCGUCUUUUCUGCCAGAAAAGGACUGGACUCUGAUGGAGGAUGUGUCUCCCAUUUUGACAGAAGAUACGCCCCAAAUUCCUAGACUGUCUGUUGAAAAACCAACAGCAAAGAGGCACUCCAGUGAAAUCAACCUGUUGUCUCUAUCCAACCAGCUUUCUGAUUAUAAUGUGCCUUUCAUGAGUGGUCUAUCAGAGGAUGAGUUGGAGAUUAAAAGGUUGGUCACUGAGCUUGAAAGCCAGUUGCAAGCCAACAAACUUACUCUGCAGGCAUCUGAGGAAGACCAGGCUUCAGUAAAUCACAUCAGCAUGGAAGCAAAAGAAUCAACUUGUGAGCUUUUGUCUUUAAGACUGAACCAGGAACAAGAUGGCAAAGGAUUAUUUCUACUGGAGGCUGAGUAUGAGAAUGCAAAGCUUCUUUCCACAGAGCCAUUCAGCUGUGAAAAUAUAGCAAAUGAGAAAACACCCCUUCCAGCUUUGGACACCAAGUAUGGAAGUCCCAACGACCCUUGGCCAUGUGCAGGGUCAUUCAGCCUGUUACGGUCAGCCCCAGAUUUGAUUCUAGUUGGUCCUUUUAGCCCCCAAGGGCACCAAGACAAAAUUGCUGAAAAUCUGAAGGAUAUUGAAAUCUCUGCUGAAGCUGACUUUGGGGAAAUAAAAAAUGCAUCUACUAGAAUCCUGCCAGAUUCAUGCCUUGAAGAGGUAUCAAGCAGCUCCAGAGCUCCAGACUAUCCUGAAGAGGUUAUACAAAGUCCUGAUUCAAUCUUUCCCCGGUCUCUGGAGGACAGUGAUUUAAAUUCACAUGAGAAUUUGCCACUGAGACCAGAUGUGUUCCCAAAGCUACUCUCAGAGGAGAAAACAUGUGAUAGCCCCACUGAGUUAGAAUCCUAUGGCCAUGAAUUUCCACAGUUAGAUCCGGAAUUUGACUUGCAAGACACUCUAGAAUCAGAUGAAAAUUUGUCUUCUAGUGCACAAAACAAAAAUCCAGAAACUCAUCCACCCGACAAACUAGAAACUACAACUCUCUUCCAGAAUAAUGAAGAUGAGCAUCUAGGUAAUAAUGAGGAGACUGGAAGUCAAACAGUUUGCCAGACUUUAAUGCUAGAUGCCAAAGCUGACAUUGGAGACAACCCACAUUUUGAUACGUUGACUUUUUCCAAGGAGGUGGAUGGAGAAGUUGUGUUCAAGUCCACCACCCAAGAGAAAGCAGGUAACCCUCUGCAGCAGCUGCAGUUGUUUGUGGCCAGGACAGUUAAAAACAAUGAGGAAGAGUUGGUGAGUUCAUCACUCCCAGCUCAGCAUCCUGUAGCUCACCUGCCCUCAUGUCAGAGCCUUCCUCCAGAGCCAGAAGAGGAGCUUAUGGACCAACAGCAAAAUGAAGAAGUCGCCAGUGGCCCCAUGUUGGGGAACAAGAGAGAGACUCUGUUAAAAAAGACUGAGAAACUAGCUGAGUUUCCAAACAAACUGCUUUCAGAGCCAGAGAAAGAGACAGAGCAUUUUGAUGAAUGGGCCUCAGAUGUCUCCAAAGACUCAGCCCCAUUGAAUCCAGCACAAUGCACUAAUGUUGUCCAGCAGCAGCACUUAAAGGUUGAAUGUCUGGAAGUGAACGGUGGUGCUACGCAAGCAGAUGAUAUCUCCCUGGAGUCCGCUGGUGACACUAGUCAGAUUCCACCAAGGGGAUCCCUAAGUGACCCACAGGAUCUAGAAACUAGAAGCAAUUUGGAGAAUGAAGACUCUGCAUUGAAUGAGAAUGUGAAAAAAUCAUCUGACUGCAUGGAAGAAUCCAUUCCUGAAGACCAAAUCUUAAGAAAUGAUCCUAAGGCUGGACAAUCAAAAGCAAGGAAGAGGAAAGGGUUGCAGUUCACUUGCGAUAUUUGCUCCACUUCUUUUAGAUCCAAAACUGGGUUGAUGAGACACAAAGCUGUGAAACAUCAGAAGAAGGAUAGUGUUGCGUUGCCUGAUGACAAUUCAGCUCCCUUGGAAAAAGCAUUAAAGACAAGCAAAGUGUUCCCCAAGAAAAGCAUAAAGCCCUUCACCCAAGAGAAAUCUAGUAACUCAGAGCUUUCCAAAACUGAGUCUGAGGUCCCUCCAGUUCAUUGUAACACCACUGGCAUCACUAAUGACCACAGUCUGACCACCGUCACAGAAGAACCUGGGGAUGGGCCAGAAGAGCAGAUCCAGGUGUGUUUGCCAUUGCUGCCUCAGCAGUCCUUGACCAACGAAUUGGAAAACACUGUUGAGAAAAUGCCUUCAGCUCAAAGGACAGCUGGACCACCCCUUCCUCAGAAUGCGGGGGGCCAUAGAGAGGAAGGGGAAGAGCUGGGACAAGAGGAGCAUAGCCAGGAGAGAUGGCCAAGUGGAUCUGUGAAAGGAGGUGAGGAUGAACUGAACCAGAAGCCAUCAAAGAAGGGUUUCUCAGAAGAGAUGAACGAGCCCUGGAAGAGGGAAGAGCUGCAGCCACAGAAUGGGGAGUCUGCUGUUGAUCCUGCAGUCAAACCAGAUCUGCCGAGCUUGUUUGAUGAUGACUCCACAUUUUCACAACUUUUCCCCAGAAAUGAUGAGUUUGCCCGUAGAAAAUGCACACGUGUAUAUGGGAAGCGCUCCAAAAAGCCUAAAGCUGUUUCAGAGAUAAUUGCAAAACCAGAAGGCACACCAGAUCCUUUUACGAUCCGCAUGGCUUCUGAUCUUGGUGAAAACAGCUCCUUCUGUGUUACCCGGGAAGAUCCUUGUGAAUAUGACACGAUCUCCGUUGAUGAUGCUUUGAUGCUCAACAUGUGUCAUGGGAGUAAAGCAAUGAGCGGUGAUGUUAAUUCCAGACCUACCAAAGAGACAGCCCAGCAACUGGAUACGGGGCAAAAGGAAGAAGUUAAAGAUUUGAAAAACAGCAGUGUCUUUCUGUGCAAAGAGAGUCCAACUGGGUCUCUUCCAUGCUUUAAAAGCUGGAAUAACCUGGAGAAAGCAACAGAAAAUAAUUCUUCUGAGGGGCCAUUGCAUAACUCAUCCGUGCAGCUUCCUUAUGGGCAUUCAGGAGCAGAAGACAACCCAGAACUUCCUGACCUGAAAGAAAAGUCCUACAGCACUAAGGAAAAAACAUUAUCUGCGUUCCCUACCAUUGACAUGGAGAUGUUGAACAUGAAAUUUGAGACGAGUGAUGUCUGUUUCUGCACCACUGGAGAAGAUCAACUGAGUCCCACAAAGCAUGACGAAGGUACCUUAGGUUUCAAGCGAACUUCACUGUUGCAAGCCAAGCCUGUAAAACGUAAGCUAGAAGAAGGGAAGACGGGGAAAACCCGUAAUGAUUUAAAUCUCAAGAAUAAAGACAAGCAGUAUAAAUGCAAAGUCUGUUUCCAGUGGUUCCUGACUUUAGGGGAACUGGACUUUCACAAGCUCAGUCAUAAUCCCUCCCCUCCACCAACAUGCUACAUGUGUGUCCAGAGGAAAUUCAGCUCAAGGGAACAGCUGAGGGACCACUUAAAGGAGAAACACGCCAAGAACAAGGCUGGCCUCUGGGCCUGUGGGAUGUGCCUGAAGGAAAUCUCUGAUGUCUGGAUGUACAAUGAACACUUGCGAGAACACGCCACUCAGUUUGCCCGCAAAGGCCAGGCUCAGAAGUCGGUCUUGGGCCUUGCUUUCAGUGAAGAGGAUGCUGCUGUCACUCAUUUCCUCAACUCCAUCAUUUGCAGAAAACCCAGCAAGAUUUCCAAGCAGGCUGAAGGAGGGAACGGAGCACCUGCUGGCAGCGAGAUCAAAGGUCCCAAAGAGUUUUCAGGACAAGAGACAGUGGUCCAGAAAGACUUGCCGGAGAUCCCCUUCAGAAUCCGGCCACCCACAGCCUCCCUCAAAGUCCCAGCUGUUCCAUCUCCUGACCCAGCUCCCAAGGUCGAAGGGGCCCAGAAGUCGGUGCCCAUUCAUCCUGAGUGCAAAGACCCCUCUCGAGAUUGCCAUCACUGUGGGAAGCAGUUCCCCAAGCCCUUCAAACUCCAGCGACAUCUCGUGGUCCAUAGCCUGCAGAAGAUCUUCUUGUGCCACAAGUGUCCCAUGUUCUAUCAGGAGACCAAGGAGCUCCGGAGCCACCUUAGCCAAGAGCAUGAAAUAGCUGAAGAAGCCGACAUCAAGCACACCACUCUGUAUGCCUGUGAGCUUUGUGCAGAUGUUAUGCAUGUCAUCAAGAAGUCUUUCAUAUGCAGCACUUGCAACUACACCUUCUCCAAAAAGGAACAGUACGAUAGACACAUGGAGAAGCACCUGGUGGGCAGCAGCAAGACCUUCCGUUUCCGAGGUGUGAUGCGGCCAGGGCCCUUUGCAAAGUAUGGGGAGGAGGGCAUCAAAGAGGAGACCCGUUGGAACAGCAAUCCUGAUCUGAAUGGAACAGCUCCUCAAGAGGCUGUGAACAAGUUACAUUUGCCAGAAACCAGUUUCCCUGAGUUACCUCUCAAGGACAAGACGUCAUUGUCUACCCUAAACCGGUCUGCCAAGGAGGUUCCUUCCAAGAAGGUCAUAGGUGGUCAGGCCAAUGCUGAGGACACCCCUGGCAUCCACUGCUCCCUAGAUGGUGCAGAAGAGGUUCAGAUGUGCCCACUCUUGAGAGACAAAGCUUUCCCAGAAAUGGACACCACUGCUCACCCCAAAGACACCAGCUCCAGUGUUGGCGCGAAAGAGACAGAACUCAGUUUGGUCCGGCCGGUGAGUGGCCAUCUGCAAGGCGAAGGGGCGAGUGCUCAGUCAAAGAACCACCAUUCCGAGCUGAACAAGUUCCCAGAAAGACCGGCUGCGAAUCGGCUGGCCAAUCCUCACCCCAAAAAACCAAAGGAACACAACAAGUCCUCCCAUCGGGGAAGCCCGGCCUCUCGAGAGAACAUUGAAGGAGAUGGCAGCAAAAAACGGAAAGGCCGGGUCCAAGAUUCUGUGAAGGGUGACAGCGUCAAAAAGGCUGACUGGCCCACUACUGAGGCAUUGGCCUUUUCCCCUCGACGGAGGGGCACCCAUGCCAACAAACAGGCCCCUAAACUCAAGGGGUCUGUGACGGACGGCCAGGUUAGAAAGUUGGGGCUUGACCAAGGCUUCCAGAAGAAGGUGGAGAUGGGCCAAGCCAAUGGAGAGUUGAGGCGCAAGAAGGAGAUUUUGGGGAGCAAAGCCCUCUACCCCCUCUUAACCAAAGACCCCUCAGCCUCCCUGCCCAGCUCUCUGAACCGCCGCAGAGCUGUCCAAGGUGCUAAAGUCCCCACUUCCCACAGUUAUAGGACAGCUGAGUCCCAAACUCACCUCCUAAACCAACUAUUUGGGCAGAAAUUAACUAGCUUUAAAAUUCCUUUAAGAAGAGAUACUUCUGAGUAA